AUGACCUAUCUGGUGAUCGAUGCCUGCAUUCGGUGCAAGUAUCAGGACUGCAUCGAAGUAUGCCCGGUGGAUUGCUUCUAUGUAGGCGAGAACAUGCUGGUGAUCCACCCGGACGAGUGCAUCGACUGCGGCGUAUGCGAGCCGGAAUGUCCGGUCGAAGCGAUUAUCCCCGAUACUGCGGGCGACGACGACUCGGACAAGUGGUUGGAGAUCAACCGCAAAUUCGCCGAGAUCUGGCCCAAUAUCACGCGAAAAGGCGACCCGCCCGACGACGCUGACGACUACAAGGACGAAGAGGGCAAGUUUUCCAAAUAUUUUUCCGAUAAACCCGGAGAAGGGGACUAA